ACACUUGUCGAAGAGGAACCGGAAUUCUACCUGUUCCACUUGAUCCAGAUUCAAGAUCUCGAUAACGAGGGACGAGGAAGAAAUUUAAUUGGACUAAGCCAUAUCGAAAUGAUCCGAUCGACAAUCAUAAUUCUAUCUGGCCUGCUGUCGUGCAGCCUCGCCCUGCCUCCGGGCAUCUACGCCCCCAUAGCGGCAGGUCCUAUACCGACCACCCCUAUUCCCAUUCUCAGACAAAGCGCUGAAGGUCCCAACCCGGAUGGAAGUUACAGUUUCAGUUAUGAAACGGCCAACGGAAUACAGGCGCAAGAAAUCGGAUACUUGAAGUACGCCGGGACUCAAGCGGAGGCCAACGAGGCCCAAGGUAGUUACAGCUACACGGCGCCCAACGGAGAGCUCGUACAGGUGACCUACGUGGCGAACGAGAAUGGCUUUCAACCGCAGGGAAGCCAUAUUCCACCCAUACCGCCACAGAUUCUGAAGGCUUUGGAGUACAUCGCCCAGCAUCCGGAGGAGAAUAACAUUGGCAGGCAGUGACGAAAAUAAGCUAGUUAUAUACUG